AAAUCAAAACUCAGCCAUUAUUUUACCAGAUGAAUUUCUUAAGGAAAAGAAGGGGCGAUUAUAACUCUGAUAGCGACAAUGAUGAUAUCAAUGCCAACAAGUCCAAGAUCCAUAAAUCUAGGAAACCGCCAAAUACUGCUUUCCGCCAGCAAAGAUUGAAGGCCUGGCAACCUAUAAUGACGCCAAAAUCUGUGAUACCCUUUUUGUUUGUGCUAGCAUGUAUUUUUGGUCCAUUGGGAAUUGGAAUCAUAUAUACCGUUGCAAACAUUGAGUAUUUGUCUAUUGACUAUACCCAUUGUGCCUCGAAAGCCAGUAGUUCGUUCAAAGCAGUUCCUUCUAGUUACGUGGGACAUCAUUUUCGCUCCAAAAACACGAGUCCGGAGUUCAAGUGGAGAACUGACUCAGCAAAAGAUAGCUUUGGAGAUGAGAUCAGUACGUGCUAUAUUCAGUUUAAUCUUCCCAAGGAUUUGAAGCCUCCAAUUUAUGCAUAUUACCACUUGACCAAUUUUCACCAGAACCACCGGAAGUAUGUCGAGAGUUAUGAUUUGGAGCAGUUAAAAGGAAUAGCCGUGUCAGCACAUGAUGUGGAUGAUAACUGUUCUCCUUUGGACUUUGAAGGGUCCGGAGACGACAAGAAAAUCAUCUAUCCAUGUGGGUUGAUUCCAAAUUCGUACUUCAAUGAUUCGAUUUCAAACUUGACCUUGUUGAAUACCAAAUCCACCCAAGACAACGAAACAUACGUGUUGUCUCAAACCGGAAUCUCCUGGUCUUCUGAUGUUAAGCAUAAGUAUAAGAAAACUAAGUACGAUCCAAGUGAUAUUGUUCCUCCGCCAAACUGGUACAAAAUGUAUCCGAAAGGGUACACCAAAUCCAACAUCCCUGACCUUCAGCUGUGGGAGCUCUUACAGAACUGGAUGAGAACAGCAGGAUUGUCUUCUUUUUACAAGCUUUAUGGAGUCAACAAAACUGAGACAUUAUCAUCAGGAACUUACGAGACCCAAAUUGUUCUCAACUAUCCGGUAUCGAUUUUCCACGGAACCAAGUCGUUGGUGAUAACUACGAAUUCGAUCUUUGGAGGCCGCAAUUAUGCUUUGGGAGUGGUUUACUUGGUGGUGGCAGUCUUGUCUCUCGCGUUGGCAAUUGCAUUUCUUAUCCAAACAAUUAUAAAGCCCAGAAAAGUAGGGGAACAUGACUUCCUCCAAGGCUCCACGAGGGAGCCCACCAACUUCAGAGAACAGUUGUAACGAAUAUGUAUACUGCUUUCUAUUGUAUAAUUACAUCUCAAAAUCUAUAUUUGCAAAAGUAACACAAAAA